UUCAUUUGAUUGAACGUAACACGUGGCCAAAGUAAUACGACACUUUUCAAUAAUUAAUAAUAUUCGAAUAGUUUCCUAUGCGUUCUAACGAAAGAAAUAUUUCAAUGAUGAUUCGGCAAUUCCUGCGAGAUAAUUAAAUAAUACGAAGGUAUUGAAUUACACAUAAAUAUACAUAUAUCUCGAAAAUAUCAUCGAGAAUUAUACGUAUCUUUUACAUAACCUAUUCUUUAAUAAACAUUUUCGACGUAUAUCAAAAUUUACGAUUAAUUUUAACAAAUUAAAUUUUCAUCUUUUCUGUCUAUUGCAUGUAAUAUAAUUAGUCAUAAAUAACAAUUAAUAUCAUCAAUAAGAUCGUUACUUUUCACGUAUAUAUCACUUUCCCUCGUUUUUCUCUCUUACAAGAAAAAAAAAAAAAAAAAAGGAAAAACGAAAAAAAAAGAAAGGAAAAGAAAAGGAAAACAAGGAAUGACACAACAAACAUUUUAUUUCUUUUUUCAACGAUCACUUUCAUUUAUUAGAUCAUAAAUAUCGUCAGAACACACACGUUCGAACAUAAUUAUAUAUGUUUUUCAUUUCGAUGUGUUGUUACAGGAGGAGAGUAUAUUUAUUAAAUGGAUGAAAAAUUGAGGAAAGAUUAUUCAUAGAGCGAGAGCGAGAGAGAUAGAUUGAUAGAUAGAUAGAUAGAUAGAUAGAGAGAGAGGGGGGUGGAGAAAGAGAGAGUGGGAGAGAGAGAGAGAGAGAGAGAGUGGGAGAUAGGGUUGGAAGAACACGUAAUAUCUGUAACGAGCGGAUAUUCCAGGGAGUAAAAAGGCCCUCCUACCGUGACCAAGGGAAAUCCCAAUUUGAUUCGGUACGUUCGUCGUUCCUGAAUGAAUGAAUGAAUAUAUCUACGGGGGCUAGAGAAUUACGUCGAAGAGAAUAUGGCGGAGGCGUGAAAAUGUUAGGAGAGGGCACGGGGAUCGGAUUGUGACCUACGCGGGGUGGAGACGUCGAGCGAUGUCGACAAGAUGACAGCGGCUCUACGAUGCUUGAAAGGUUGAUUUUCCAAUGCGAUAUUAAGGAUUAUCGGGAAGAAAUUAAAGUGAUAAUAAUCGUUAGAAGACGUUCGUCGAUGACUUAUGCCGCGUCUCUUGCGUACUUCGUUGAUCCUAGUGUAUCAUCAUCAACAUCAUUAUUAUUAUCAUCAUCAUCAUCAUCAUCAUCAUCAUCAUCAUCAUCAUAUCUGUCGUAUCGAUAAGACGAUCUACGAUCAUACGAAAUAAUACAGAGGAGAAACGACGCGAGUCACGAUAGCCGCGCCCGUGAGAUGUACACAGCGUCCUGAGUUGUUGUUAUUUUCCUUCUCCUUCUUCUUCUUCUUCUUUUUCUUCUUCUUCUUCUUCUUCUUCUUCUUCUCCUCACCGUCGUCGUCGUCGUCAUCGUCGUCGUCGUCGUCGUCGUCGUCGUCGUCGUCGUCGUCGUCGUUGUCGUUGUCGUUGUCGUCGUUGUCGUCGUCUUCUACGAGGAGUGACAAAGUCAAAUAAUGAGUGUUUUUGGAGAUUUUCAGCGCGUCUGGGUACAGAGAUUCCCAGAUAGCGCUUUACCGGCUGCUUGGGAGGAAGACGUCAGGGCAAAUUUGGUCAAACACAAACAAAAGGUAACGGCCUUGAGAGAGGAACUCGAAAAGGAAGAGUUCUAUGUCGAAUAUUUAGAACGAUUAUUGGCGGACGUUGAAAGACACAAACAGUUGGCUAAUAGUACCAAUGCUACACUCCUUGACAAUAAGCAGAAUUCUGCAGAACUUAAAAAAAGUGGAAAACAUACGUCGGAAAAUAAUGAAUCUGCAAACACUGGACAUUGUCAGAAUACGGAUACUUCUCCGCCACCUCUUCCAGUAAGAGAAGACAUUAGCAAAUUUCAGGAUAAAUGCGUUUCCGAAUUGAGUUCUACCCUUGGAACUAAUAAAAGACCCAAGAGUGAGAUACCUAGAAGUCCUGAAAAAGUGCCUGAAACCAGAAGGAAUAGUGAUCCUGAUGUGCCAAGUAAUUAUGUAACUGUAAUAGAAGUUACUGGAAGUUCAAAAAAAGAAAAGGCCGAUGCUUCUUUUAAAGAAGAAGAUGAAAAAGUAGAAUCUGAAAAAGCUCUUAAUGAGGAUGGAGAGGAUGGAGAUGCAGAGGCAUCCGAAGAAGAACCAUAUUAUGAUUCGGUAGCUUUGGAUCAGACAGGAGAAUAUGUGUAUAUUGAUGCACGUGUUCCACCUGUAGGUAAUAAUAAUCCUAGCAGAGCACCUCCGCGUAGACCGCCAUCGCUUCCAGAAUCUCCAGGCAAUCAGAGUAACUAUGUCAACAUAGAUUAUUUUAUACAACAUAGAGCAGCAAUGGAUAGCGAAGAUGAAGAGGGUGCAAGUCCAGCGCCACCAAUUUUAUUACGUGCACUUAGUACAGAUAAUGAAACUGGAAGUAGCGAUGCUGAACCAUUAAGUUUAAGUGAAGGCAGUUUGGAAUCACCUACACCGACUACACCACGCAGACAAGAGAAAAGUAAAGAUAGAGAAGACGAUAGAACAUCUAUGGUCAAAUGUAUUGUAAAUUCUGUCGUAGAAAGUGAAGCAGUAUAUGUUGAAUGUUUAAAUGUUAUGUUGCAAUAUAUGAAAGCUAUUAGAGCAACAUUAACUACGUCUCAACCAGUUAUUUCGGAAGAAGAAUUUGGUACUAUGUUUUAUAAAAUUCCUGAAUUACAUAAGCUACAUCAAAACUUCUUAGAUGAGCUUAGAAAGAAAACAGAAAAGUGGGAUUUUAAAACUACAAUAGGGGAACAAUUUAAGAUUAUGGCUAGCAAUAUAGGUUUAUAUGGAGCAUUUUUACAUAAUUAUGCUCGCGCUACUGAUACUGUUCGUAGAUGUUCUGCUCAUUCGACACAAUUUGGGGAAAUUACAAGAGACAUACGACUUAGAGGAUUUCCUAAAGGUCCAGGUUUAUCGCUUGAAGAUCUUCUACAUAAACCUGUAGCUCGUGUUCAAAAAAAUGCAUUAGUGCUACAUGAUCUCCUUAAGCAUACACCAAUGAAUCAUGCUGAUCAUGCGCCACUCUCAGAAGCACUUGCUAUGACUAGAAAUUUUCUUGAUGAAUUUAAUAUUAUUCAAACAAAAUCGAUGUUCCCAAGUCAUGACAGGGCACAAAGAAGAUUAGUGAAAAAUUCGUUUGUUGUUGAACUAUCUGAUGGUCAUAGGAAAUUGAGACAUCUCUUUUUAUUUAACGAUGUUAUUGCUUGUGCGAAAUAUAAAGCUUCAGGUAGAGAUAAAUUCACGUUUGAGUUGAAGUGGUAUGUGCCAGUUGCAGAAGCUGUUGUUACCGAAGAUGGCGUUGAGCCACGAGAAACUAGUCCAGCUAAUGUAGUUGCUUUGAGAUCUCAAGCUUGUACUGUGAGAGAUCAAAUUUUGUGGGAAGAACGAAAUGACGAAAAGAGAAUUAGACUUGGUGGUAGAGGUUCUGAAAAAAAUCGUAAGAAAUUAGCAGAACUUGAAGCACAAUUGGUAUUAGCAUCGCCAAAUUUAGUAAUGCGUGUUGCACAUAAAAAUCAACAUCGAGUGCAAAAUGCAUAUACUUUCUUUUUGUCCAGUGAAUUUGAACGGUCUCAAUGGAUUGAAGCAGUUGAAGCAUUGCAACAAGGUGGUCAACCACCAGGACCUUUACCUUUGACGAUGUAUGAAUUGCAAGCAUGGGUUACAGCUUGUCGAACAUAUUUACAAACAGACAUGGGAAGUUACUUAUUAAGAUCUGGACGUGAUGAAAGUUUAUUACUUGGGGAUUUGCAUCUAACUUUGCUUGGUUUAACACCACCAGGAUUAGAUAGAAUAGGAGAUCUGUAUAUCAUUGUAGAAGUGGACAGUUAUGGGCAUUAUUUUAAACGAGCUAAAAGCCGAGUUAUAAGGAGUCAGGCUCCAACUUGGGGUGAGACUUUUGUGGUCGAAUUAGAAGGUAGUCAAAAUGUUAGAAUUUUACUUUAUGAAGAAUGUGGGACACGAUCAGUAUUAAGAGGCAAAUGUAUUCAAAGAUUAAGUAGGUCAUGGUUGCAAUCCGAUCAAGUUGAAAGAUCAUUGAGUUUAGGUCCAGCAACAUUAGAUGUAGCCCUUAGAUUUGUUCCCAGUGAAGUAACAUUGAGGCGAGUGCCAUCGGCUAAACCUCAAGGUUUAUUUGGUGCUCGAAUACAACAAGUUUGCAAACGAGAAAAACGUGACGUUCCAUUCAUUAUAACUGCGUGUGUACGAGAGGUUGAAAGAAGAGGCGUUGGAGAAGUAGGAUUAUAUCGAGUAUCUGGAUCAGCAUCCGAUUUAACGAAACUUCGUAAAUCAUUUGAAAGUAAUUCGUACGAAGCAGAGCAGCUUCUUAAAGAGGUUGAUGUUCAUUCCGUAACGGGCGUUCUGAAAUUGUAUUUACGUGAGAUGCCUGAGGCAUUAUUUACAGAUGCUCUUUAUCCAGCAUUUUUGGAAGCUUUUCAAACUGGAGAAUUAUCGAGGGGUGCGGCUUUACGACGAGUAUACGAGGGAUUACCGUCCGUAAAUAAAGCUGUUAUCGAUUUUCUACUUGCUCAUUUAAUUCGUGUUAACAAACACGAAGGACAAAACAAAAUGUCGUUGCACAAUUUAGCAACAGUUUUUGGGCCAACGCUUUUACGGCCAGGUACAAAUUCUCGGUCCGAUUCUAAAAGUCGAGACCCUUUGGCUGCAGGUACUGUAGACGUUAUGGCACAAGCUGGUAUACUCUAUUGUUUUUUACAAAUGCAUAUGCAACAAAACAAUCAAUCACUCUAGUCGAGAGUUUAUUAUCGGUGAGACACCAUAACGCUGCCUGAAAAUAAUUCAAAAUAUUUCUAUUCACGAUUGAAAGUGAAUUAAAUUAUAAUAAUAUAAUGAGAAAACUAAUGGCAGAGAAAUUGCUUUAAAAUGAUAAAUCUAACGAUGUUUUCUAACGUAUUUUAUUAGUCACGCGAUGUAUUAUCUUGCAACGCUGAUGUAGACAUCGAGAGUCAAAAUAUAUAAGCAGUAGGCAAUGCUUGCAAGGGGAGUUCACGAUAAAAUCCAUGCAUUCUUAAUUAAGUUUUCUAUGUGUCCUAACAACAACAACAACAACAACAACAACAACAACAACAACAAUAAUAAUAAUAAUAAUACAACAACAACAAUAACAACAGCAACAAUAUUCUGUGUUCAAAAGAAGAAAGUUCCACAAAAAAAAAAUCUUAUAAUCGUUUGUCGAUAAAACGAACGUCUCAAGUGUACAAAACAAAAACAGGAAAAAAAAAGAGAGAGAGAGAGAGAGAGAGAAACGAACGAACAAAACAAAAAAAAGCUUAAUUACGAAUUUAAACAAUUUUAUCGCAAAACGCUCCUUGUUAAAUAAAUUCCUGGUGGAUGUAUGUAUGUAUGUAUGUGUAUAUAUAUAUAUAUAUAUAUAUAUAUAUAUGUAUGUAUGUAUAUACACACACAUAUAUAUGUAUGUGUACGUGCUUCCACCGUAAACCCAUACAAGUAUUGUUAACAGAGUGGACAUUAUCGGAGUUGAAAGAAAAAGAAAGCAUUGAUAUGUUUUUACUUCAAAAAAAAAAAAAAAAAAAAAAAAAAAAGAAAAAAAAAGAAAAAAAAAAGAAAGAAAAAAAAGAAGAAGAAGAAGAAAAGAAACAAAGUCCAUAAUAUAUUUUUUACUUGACAUUGUAUUCAAACAUAUGAGGUUCCAGUGACGAUCGUCCACGCGAUUGAAUUCUAUCCAUUUCAAACGAAAUUUCCUGCGAGAGAGAUGCAAAGAAGUCUGGUCAAAUGCAUCAUCCGUGUGUGCGCUUUUAGAAAUUAAGGACAUAACAUUUUCGUAAAACAUCGUGUGUUCCUAGCAGAUAAUCUAAAUUUUCUUAUACACAGUUCUCUUUAUAUUUAUGCAAUAAUAAUGUCCACACAGUGUACUCUAUAACUCAAUCAGUAUACUCAAAAACUCACUUCACGUUCCUAAGACGUUUUUUUGCAGCAGACGUGAACCUUCAGGAACCUAUGUUCCUCUACAUAUACACACAUAUAUAUAUAUAUAUAUAUUCAUAUACAUAUAAUAUAUAUAUAUAAUACAAUUUAUAUUAAAUGCAUUUAAUUAUUCAUUUUUAUUUUUGAGCUCAAUGCUGAACUUUCUCAAAGGAAUCGCAUUCUAAUUUAAAAGAAAUGGGAAAAAAAAAAAAAAAAAAAAAAAAAAAAAAAAAAAAAGAAAAGAGAAAAAAAAACAGACACGUCAGAGAUAAUCUCUUCUAUAUUUUGACAGUGAAUAAAUUAUUCAUUAUAAAGUUCAACAAAAAAUUCUUUCAUAAAUUCAAUUGUUAUUGGACUUAUUUGCAUACAUUGAGCAUUUUAUUUUAUAACUGUACUGCCGAACUCUAAAGAGAGCUAUUGCUAUCAUUCUAUAGUACUUAUCGACUAACUUACGACUUGACACGUAUCAAACAUUGUGUUGCAACAUAUAUAUCGGAGGGAGAACAUUGUAAUAUAAAGAUGUCAAAUCGUGUGUAAUUAAUAAUAAUAGUUUUUAGUUUGAUGCAUCAAAUGUUUCAGGCAUUCGUUAUACUUCAUAAAAAUUAAUUUGACAAAUACUUCUUUUAUUUUACGUUAUCAAUUAUUAUUUUUUUCUUUUUCUCUCUCUAUGUAUAUAUAUAUAUAUAUAUAUAUAUAUAUAUAUAUGUGACCGUAUGGAUCAAGAAAACUUGUAUGUUGUUUUAUUGUAACACAUAUGUUUUGUUUAUAAUAUAUAAUUUGUUUAUACUAUGUAACGAUCUGUACGUAUAAUAUCGUUUAAAGUCUAAAUGCAGUUUAAUGCGAUGCCAAAGAGAAAGAUUCCGAUAAUAGUUAAGAGAGGGAAUGAAAAGGAAGAAGGAAAGACAGACAGAUAGAAAGAAAGAAAAAUAAAUAAAUAAAUAAAUAAAUAAAGCGAUGCAUUUGGCAGUACAAAUAAAUAUCUGACAAAUACCAACAGAUUGCUAGGAAUGCUAAAGUAUCUUUAUGAGAUUUGUAUUGAACAAAAUGUUGUAUCGACAAAAUUUCUAUUGACAAAAAUGACAAGUUUCCCUAGAAUUCGAUAAGAAGAAAAUAAAAUAAAAGGAAAAAAAAAAAAA